UCAGAGGGGAGGAGGAGGAGGGCAACCCCUGCUUUUAUUUUUCUUUGCAGACGGCCGCAGUUGAGCACAAAAACAAAGUUGAAGCAGCCGAGCUGUGAGUCAACACCGGCGCUGAUGAGCUCGUGUGAAGCGGAGGAACUGGAGACUUUUAUCUAAAGAGAUUUGAGCUGGUGUAUUUUUCCCAUUGUUGGAAAAAGGGGAAGGGCUCUGCCAGGAGAAAAAACAGAAAACAAACAACCGUUUGGAAAUGAAGUUAUGCGUCAGUGAGUGCGCACUUUACGCACAGAGCGCACCAUGACACUGUGAAGUGUUGGAUCACCUCGUCUUUUAUUGUUGUUCACGUGUUUAGGUUUUAUUUCCUUUGUUGUGUCAGCUCUUCAGAACUCACUGUCAACAUGUGUCGCGGCUAAAAAACUUUAAAGCGCACGCAGAAGCCAGAGGAGGUGAACCUGAGACAGCAUGGGGGCCAAGCAGAGCAGCCCCGGAUUUGAUGGCAGAACUCGGGCUUAUUCCAGCUCCGAUCUCCCAUCUGGAAACACCAGCGGAGGGGUGCGCGUGGCCGGGUUUAGGUACACCAAUGGACCAGAUGGCCCCCGGAUCCGUUACACGGGUGGGCGGCCGACCAGCUCCGGGCUCAGUAUACCUGCGGGGUCACACGUACUCAAUCAGAGCCUGGAUGGCACAGGUGGUGACGAGGAGAGCGAGCUGCCCCCCGAGGGACACAGGCUGCUUAUUGGGUCCCUGCCUGCUCACCUGUCCCCUCACCUGCUGGGAGGCUUCCACUGUCCUCUUUGCUCCAAGUUCAUGGCGUCGGAUGAAAUAGAGAAGCACCUGCUCAUGUGUUUCAGCAAAACACGCCUCACCUACAACAAGGACAUCCUGUCCAGAGACUCUGGGGAAUGUGCCAUCUGUUUAGAAGAGCUGGAGCAGGGAGACACCAUCGCCAGGCUGCCCUGCCUCUGUAUCUACCACAAAGGGUGUAUAGACGAGUGGUUUGAGGUGAAUCGCUCGUGUCCGGAGCAUCCCGCCAACUAGGAGCUGCAGGAGUACAGUUCAGGCUACUGUACAUCACUGUGGUCGACCGUGUGCCCUGACCUCAUCCCAACACUGUCUGUUCCAGCCGAGCGUCAGCGCUCCUCAGGGAUUGUGAGACAUUAAUGUGCACAGGAUUUUUCAUAGUGCCUCAUGGGACAGUGAUGCAUUUCAGACAUGUUUAUCUCGACGUCGUGGGACGUUCAAAGAACCACUGGUGGAGUCACUGUGUCUCCAGAAAAAUAUGUGAAUGUCCUUUUUUGCCACCUGCUGGCCUGAAGUGGGUUCAUGCAACCUGUGAACUGUUGUGCUGAACAGGGUGUGGUUUUAUAGCCGUGGACUUGUAUAACCAAGACGGUGGAGAGUUACGUCUCUUCUCAGCAGAGGUUUAGACGCAGAGACUGUUGAGACUUGAUCAGAAAGCUGACGGCUGAUGUUGUGCAAUGUGAAAAACAGCCAUUCAGAAUUUAGAAAUGCCUUUUUCAGCUUUAAGGGAUGAUUUCAGUGUUGAUGGCAGGUAGGAAAUAGAUCCAAAUUUUAUUGUGAAAUUUGUUAAACAAUCGUGUCAUAGACCAAAUAGUCUAACAUGAAAUGGUCGGACUUUGUUAAUCACUUGUCCAUUCAGAACCACAGUAAUGUGAUUGUGUAGUUUUGUGGUGGAGUUAAAGAUAAGACAUAUCUAAUAAUGAUUCAUACUCUAUGGAGUGCCAUAAUAUGCUGCUAUGUCAUAGACUGGAAUGUUGUCCUAUAACCUUUGAACCUUUGUCUGUUGUUCUUUCUACUUGUACUGUAAUAAGUUGCACAACAAUAAAUGUUUUGUCUUUGAGCUGAAGAA